CGCCCCCUGUGAGUCAGAGGCUUUAGGAGCGCUAGUGUAAUGACAGCUCAAAGCUGUCCACGUCAACACUGCUACAACCAUGGACUCCGCGGCUCUGGAACCCUCGCUGUACACAGUUAAGGCAGUCUUCAUCUUAGACAACGAUGGAAACAGACUUCUCUCAAAGUACUAUGAUGCAGAACUCUACCCCUCCAUGAAAGAGCAGAAGAAUUUUGAGAAGAACGUCUUCAACAAAACACACAAAGCUGACAAUGAGAUCGCCUUCUUAGAGGGAAUGACGAUAGUCUACAAGAGCAGCAUAGACCUGUUCUUCUAUGUAGUCGGCAGCGCUCAGGAGAACGAGCUCAUGUUGAUGGCAGUGUUGAACUGCUUGUUUGACUCUCUCAGUCAAAUGUUGAGGAAGAAUGUGGAGAAAAGGACUCUGCUGGAUAAUAUGGAUGGAGUUUUCCUUGUGGUGGAUGAAAUCAUUGAUGGAGGAGUGAUUUUGGAGAGCGAUCCACAACAGGUCAUGGAAAAGGUCAACUACAGGGCAGAUGACAACCCUCUAUCAGAACAGAGUGUGGCGCAGCACAUCACUGAGAAACUGGCUCUCACCACUAAUGUGUUACAGUCGGCAAAGGAGCAGAUCAAGUGGUCAAUUCUAAAAUAAGUUUGAAACACAAACUUCCCCUGACUUGAAAGAAUCUGUAAAUAAUUGAAAGGGAUUUUCAUUGUUAUUUUGAAUGAGAUGUAAUUUAAUUAUUGAAGUAGCACGUAAGGGGCACUUGUGUCUCAGGUUUCAUAUAAGAUAUUUAUAUUUUGUGUCAGAGUAAAUUAGGUCAUUUCUGCUUUAGGUUUUUUUUUUUUUUUAUUAAAUGCAAAGGUAUAUUCACUAACAGCUACACAUAUGCUUGAAUUUGUCCAAAGAAGUUGCAAUUUCGUUGUUUCUAAACAUUUGCAAAUAUUGAUAGGCCUACAGCUGUGGUGUUUGGAGGUUAUAAGUUUAUUAAGCAUUGGGUUGUGAUUUUUUUUAUGAUCACAAAUAUGAUUGUAUAAACCUCUUGUUUAAUCCUUUGUCAUUUUGUUAUAAGUCAACAUUGCUUUUACCUUUUGUCAAAAAUGUUAUACACAAAUCAGAGUUCUGCCUACAACCUUAAUAUUAGCAAUUUUUCUUAAAAUGAGAAACAGGCAAUAUUAAAAAUUUACUAGAAGCAUUAUUAUUAUUAUUAUUAUUAUUAUUAUUAUUAUUAUUAUUAUUAUUAUUAUUAUUAUUAUCAUCAUCAUCAUCAUCAUCAUCAUGGCGAUGCAGUGGCCCAGUAGGUAGUGCUGUCGUCUCACAGUAAGAAGGUCGCUGGGUCGAACCUCGUCUCAGUUGGCGUUUCUGUGUGGAGUUUGCAUGUUCUCCCUGCGUUCGCCUGGGUUUCCUUCGGGUGCUCCAGGUUCCCCACAGUCCAAAGACAUGCGGUACAGGUGAAUUGGGUAGGCUAAAUUGCGUGCGUGUGUGUGUGUGUGUGUGUGUGUGUGUGUGUGUGUGUGUGUGUGUGUGUGUGUGUGUGUGUGUGGGUGUGUGUGUGUGUGUGUGGGGGUUUGUGUGUGGAUGUUUCCCAGAGAUGGGUUGCGACUGGAAGGGCAUCCGCUGCGUAAAAACGUGCUGGAUAAGUUGGCGGUUCAUUCCGCUGUCGCGACCCCGGAUUAUUAAAGGGACUUAAGACAAGAAAAUGAAUGAAUUAUUAUUAGCUAUAUACUCCAUUGUAAUAUUUAAGGCAACACUGUAAAAAAUAUAUGAUCAAUUAGUCCUGACAGCAAAUGUUUUUAGUUUGUUCUAACUUAUUAAACUAAGUUAAUCAUGUUCUAACUAAAUUUUAUACGUUACGCAAGCUGUUUAGGUCAGUUUAACAUAAUACAAGUUCAAACUCACACGGUUAAUUUGAUUCAACUUAAAAAUUAAGGCAACUAGGGCGUUUUUCAGUGAAAACACUAGCCUACGUGUAAUACAGUUAUGAAAAAAUUAAAGUAUAUGGCAUUUUAAGUAAAAUAAAAGUCUUUGGCGAUACAAACUGACAAAACAUUUGCAUAAAAACAAGAAUAUUUGCUAGAAUUUUCUCUAGUGAAAUAAACUAUUUAUAUGCCCUGGAUUUGUUUAUUUUCUUUAAACCAUGGUUUCUGGAAACUUAUUGUGAACGAAAGUGUUAUUACAAACUAAUAAAUGUGUUUUAUAGC